UGGCUUAUACCCUAGCCCUAUUAAAACUUUCUACGCCGCCGAUUCUCCAUCUCGCGAAUUGAUCGUAAUUUCUGCCAUGGCCUGCACCAUCGACUUCCGCCGCCUCGACGAAGGCCUCGGCGGGCAGAAGAACAAGCGGAAGCGCUUGGAUCCCAUCGGAGAUGGUGUUCCUGAAUCAAUGGACGUCGACCUCUCGAUCUCCGCUGACCCUCCCGCCAAGCGUCCCGCCCUUCCCUCCCUCGACAACCCGGAGAAGCCCGCCUUCGGAAGACCCACCUACGACGGUGUCAUCGCCGGCAGGGUGUCUGGCCGCAAAUGGAAGCAGCCUCGCACUCAGCGCGCCUCCGCUGCCGCCGUUUCCCUGCGCGGGACGACCUUCGAACUUCGGAACAAGGAGAAGGAGCUCAAGCGUGCGUACAAGGAGCGGAUGACGGAGCUGAAGGAGGAGAUCCGGCGGAACAAGGAGGAGAAGCGGAAGAAGAGGGAGGAGAGGGAGAAGAGGAAGCGAGAGAACACUUUGAGGACGGGGACCAAGUUUCAGAAGAUCACCAACCCUAAGACCUUGAAGAAAAUCGCCAAGUCGAAGCAGAGGAAGCAGCUCAAGGUGAUACCCGACGAGCUUCUCCAAAACAAAGUCGGUGGUAAGACGAAGUGAUAGAUGCUUUUCAUGUCUCUGUUGUUUCUUCUAAGUAAAUCGAGUAGGUGUUAAGUUUUGAGUAGAACUAAAAUCUAUGGAUGAAUUCUUUUGGAAGUUGAGAGAUUCUAUUGACAUUGCGAUACCUUUUAUGUUGGUGCAAA